AUGGUCGUGGUGGCGAGCGUGCUCGGUGCAACGCAAGCAGCUAUUGCAGGCAAUGGUGGUGGUUCAGUGUUUUCCUCGUCUAAGAAAAUGUGUGACCAGCGGUACAGCGUAAACUGUUUGAAGUUGGAGCUAGUGUCGUUCCUGGAGCGCGUUACCAACCAAAAGGAGUACAAUCUGAUGGCAGGCGUUAGUGUGGUUCGCGACCCGGGUGCAAACAUUACCCGCACGGCUGAUAUCAUUGCCGAGGUGACGCGCAUCUUCCCGACGAAUCCGGAACGACGAUUGGACGAGUUCUUGCUGACCAAGCUGAACGAUUACCUGCAGACGCACUCUCUGCGGCUGAAGUUCGUCGAUGGUGAUGCGUUCGAAAAGGCACGGGAGGUGUUUGCUGGACGCAAGGGAAAGCUGGGCAAAAAGGGAGGACUCGAGACUCUGAUCGCCGGUGCCAUGAUGAUGAAGGGAACGCUGGCAGCUGUUGGACUGGGAGCGUUGGCAUUGAUCGCAGGCAAAGCUCUGAUGACGGGUCUGCUGGCUCUGAUGUUGGCCGCUAUUGUUGGCCUGAAGUCGCUGGCUAGCGGAGGCGGUGGUGGUCAUAAGUCGACGACGUACGAGAUCGUAGCCAAACCGAUGUACUCUCACUCGCACUCCGAGCACGACGAGGUAGGACACGGUCACACAGGAUACGGCGGAUAUGGACGAUCGUACGAUCUUGCCUACGGUGGACAAAAGCCUAAGAACUAA